AAAAAAAAGAGUUGGGAGAUUCUCCUUCUCAUCACAUAAAUGAUAAGUCAUUGUAUCUGUCCAAUAAAUACUACCAACCACUGAUUAACAUCGCGCCACCGCUUCCGACUGCGCCAUUAACUGAUCAACACUGCCUUGAGUAUUGUGAUAGUAUCGAUCCCUGUGCUCGUCGGUACUUUUUUUUCUUUUUUUUCCCUGGUUUUUUUUUUACCCUUUGGACGCUUUCAGCACGACCACGACCAUUCCACGACUUUGCGCAACGCUCGAGAGCAGGCACCAACUACAUACCCGCCCAAAUACUACCACAACCAUGCCGGCUCCUAUUGAAGAAGGCAACAACACACCGGGUCACCAUUCGCCCGGCCACCAUAUUGAGCUGGUCGACGACCAUCCUUCACCACGACACGAGGGCGAAGCAGGAAGCCCCGCUCUCAGAGAUAGCAAAGGCUGGGACGGGAAGCUGCGGGUACCAAAGAGUGCUGUGCUCACAAAUCCCGAAGCCUUAUCGGAUCCGGAAUACUCGGACGAUGACAACGUUGUUCCUGGCGAGGAGGUUGCAGCGGAUGAAGAUCUCCUCGACAACGAGCCCCUCGAUACCGAUGAGAUCAUUUGCACACACUCCCGCAUUCAGUCCAUCUCAGCAUUGCGUCUUGAGCGCUUCAAACAAGUUGCCCGCAUUUGCCUUCGCCAAAACCUGAUCCAAGAUAUCGAAGGCCUCGCCGGCGUCGCCGAGACCCUCCAAGAUCUUGAUCUUUAUGACAACCUGAUUUCGCACAUCGGCCGCGGGCUGACUGACCUCACGAAUCUGACCAGUCUGGAUCUAAGCUUCAACAAGAUAAAGCACAUCAAGCACAUCAAUCACCUGACCAACCUGACCGAUCUUUUCUUUGUUUCCAACAAGAUCAGCCGCAUCGAAGGGUUAGAAGGACUCAACAAGCUGCGCAACCUCGAGCUUGGGUCGAAUCGCAUUCGCGAAUUGCAGAACCUCGACUCGCUCAAGAACCUCGAAGAGCUAUGGGUGGCCAAGAACAAGAUCACCGAACUCACCGGUCUCAGCGGCCUUCCCAAGCUGCGUCUGCUCAGCAUCCAGUCCAAUCGGAUUCGCGACCUGUCCCCCUUGCGCGAGGUACCCCAGCUCGAGGAACUGUACAUCUCGCACAACGCGCUCGAAUCGCUCGAAGGGUUGGAGAACAACACCAAGCUGCGGGUGUUGGACAUUUCCAACAACAAGAUCGCCAGCUUGAAGGGCAUCGGUCCCCUCGCGGAGUUGGAGGAGUUGUGGGCGAGCUAUAACAUGGUCGGCGACUUCGCCGAGGUGGAGCGAGAACUGAAGGACAAGAAGAACCUGACGACGGUGUAUUUUGAGGGGAACCCGUUACAGCUCAGAGCGCCGGCAUUGUAUAGGAACAAGGUCCGGUUGGCGCUGCCGCAGGUGCAGCAGAUUGAUGCUACUUUCGUCCGUGUAUGAUGUAUAUGAAUGGCGAUUUUGGCGGUUUGCAAAGCAUAAUAAUUGUGUAGUCAAAGUUCAUGCAGCAUGGCACUGGCGUUCAUGGUACUACGGCGUUAGAUGGGUUGUUGAAGCAAGACAAUCGACAACUUGAUGUAUUCCCAGUAGAUUUCGUUACUACUCUCGUUUAAACCCGUUGCCCUUUGCUUUUCAUUCUCACCCUCAUAUUUGCAUCCAUACCAUUUUCAUCCGAACUCACCGACGAAAGGGCCAACCAACAAGGACGGUCGCGUGCGCCUCCGUGUUGAGGUUGAUACAUGGAGUGGCUAGUAUGAAUUGGUUUUGCACGAUAAUAAUAAGGUUCAUAUAGACGACUUCGACAAUCACGACAAACGAUACAAAGUCAGCACAUGUCACGAGCAGGGAUCGACGA